AGGACAUAUGUGGGCAGUUAAUGGAGAAAGUCCCUACACGCAUCUCCACAUAUCCGCCUUUAACCGAUAUCCAACUGCACCACAGAACCGCCCGAUGAGCCACCGCUCAACCGCCCAACCGUCAACCACCCAACCGCCGUCAACCACCCAACCGCCGUCAACCACCCGCACAGGUUCGGAGUGGCCCAAAUGGAGAAGCUCUCCAACCUCAUCGCCGCCCGCCCCCCUCACAUCCUCAACAUGUCUGCCACCCCCAUCCCGCGCACCCUCGCGGCCGCAAUGUACGGCCACAUGGACGUGUCGCGACUGGACGAGCUGCCCCCCGGUCGUACACCGGUGGUGACCAAGAUCGUACAAGACGACAGCGAGGUGCCGUACCUGGAUUCCGAGGGUCGGCAGCGCGAGAUGGAUGUGAUGUGGCGGGAGGUGCUGCGGGAGGUGACCACGGGUGACCCUCCGGGACGCGCCUUCGUCGUCUACCCCUUGCGCCAAGCCAGCACCGCCAGCGCCAGUCGCGACGCUUCAUCUUCAUCUUCCUCCUCCGGCUCCUCCUCUCCCUCUGGUGUCGUGACCGCCGCCGCCGCUGCGGAGGACCUUAAGAACGCCACGGAGCAGGCGGGGGUGCUGGCGGCCAUGUUUGAGCCGCAUGGGGUGACGACGCGGCUGUUGCAUGGCAAGAUGAAGUCGGAUGAGAAGCAGGAGGUGCUGGAGUCCUUCCGCCGUGGGGACGUGCGGCUGCUGGUGUGCACCACCGUGGUGGAGGUGGGGGUGGAUGUGCCGGAGGCGACGGUGGUGGUGGUGGAGCAUGCGGAGC